CGACAGUGACCUAGGUCAUUUGACCCCGAAGCCUAACCCCGCGGAUUUAUCCCGGUUGCUCCGACUCCGACCCAGUUCCAGACAAGUAUAUAAACGGUGAACGACGCCGCCCAAAUUCUACAAUACUACUCACUAACCUAAUUCACAAUUAAUACCCAUCACCAUGGCAUUCCCAUACAAGCACUUCCUAAUUAUCGGCGCCACGGCCGGUAUCGGCCGAGCACUCGCAUCGCGUCUCGUACAAUCAGGCGCCAAAGUAACAGCCGUCGGACGACGCAAAGAGCGACUGGACGAGUUCGUGAGCGAGCACGGCACAGAUAAGGCCAAUGGCGUGCAGUUUGACAUUGGGGAGUUGGAUAAGAUUCCUGAGUUUGCGGCGGAAAUCAUUCGUCAAUACCCCGACAUCGACAGUAUCUUCCUCAACGCCGGCAUUCAGCACUCAAUUGAUUUGACCGAUCCGGAGAGCUUCAAUCUGCCUAGAUUCCAUGAGGAAAUGAGGGUGAAUUUUUCGAGUUUGGUUGCUCUUACGCAUGCGUUUUUGCCGUUUUUGACUCGGAAGGAGGGGGCUACGAGUUUCAUUUAUACCAGUUCGAACCUCGCCAUUGUCCCAGCCGUAUGGGCUCCCGCGUACUCGGCUUCCAAAGCUGCCUUGAAUGCCUUUCUUCUGUGUCUGCGGGAUCAGCUCCGGAAUUCGAGCAUCAAAGUCAUUGAAGUGUCGCCGCCGGCUGUUCAGACGGAACUGCAUGACUAUAUGGGUGAGGAGAAGGGACGCAGUUUCGGGAUACCGCUGGAGGAGUUCACGGAGGAGGCGUUCCGGGGAUUGACUGAGGGGAAGGAUCAGGUUAUUGUGGGAAGUUUUGGGCCCGCGGAUGUCUUUAAUGAGAUUGUGGAUAAACGUCGUGCGGCGUUUACGAAUAUGUGUAGGAUUUCGAGGGGGGAGAAGUAAGUGGGAGUCUGGUAUUAGAGAACGUGAUAAUAUAUGACAAAAUGGCAUGUGGCAGAGGAUAAAUUCAAUAAUUUCGAUUCGUU